AGUUUAACUUUCGAUGGAUGCAUCAUCAAAUCUGUUUCGAUAGUCAAGAACUCGGGGAAUUACCACGCGGAAGUUCUAGUACCAUGUGAUCUAAACACACCUGUCAUCGGUCUUCUGCCGUGGGAUUCCCCAUCUCGGGAAGUCUCCACCAUUCGUGAGCGUGUUCUCAAAUGGUUGGCGCGGACGUACCCCCUCGAGUUGGCGUCCACCUUGCAACCCUCACGGUGGGCUGAAUUAUGUUAUGGUGGAGUCUAUAGACACAAACAAUAAGGUCGGACGUCUGGUGGGGGUAUAGCUCCCAGGUCAACUUCCGGGACAGGGUCUGAUGCAUCCCGAGCGCUAUACCGGUUCUCUCAAAGUAACGCCCCGGCUACCAAUGCGCUUCUCGGUGAUCGAUCUAGAAGAGCUUCACUUGCAUCAAGAAUGAUCGCAGAAAACCCGGAAGUAGGUGGAGCCACCGGCGCCGGUUUUCAACGUGCAGUCGCAGAUCCCGAAAUUGCAGCAAGCUUCGAGAGAGCAUUUGCUCCAUAUUGUUACGAAAUCCCCGUAUGUGAUGUCACUGAUCCUUUCCGGAGAACAGACGGACAAUGCAACAAUUUGUUAAAUCCUCUCCUGGGGUCGUCUUUCACUCCACAACGACGGGUUCUGCCUGCUGCAUAUGAUAACCUGGUUGACAGUCCACGUACCCGUUCUGUGACGGGCGACAUGCUGCCAUCUGCUCGAACGGUCAGCAACAACAUCUUCCAGUACACGUCCGGUGGUAUGACCCCAGUCAGUGCUCUAUAUUCUACCUAUCUCACGCAUCAUGGGCAGUUCUUAGACCACGAUUUGAUCGCUACUCCCUCUGAAACUUUCGGCCCGAAUAAUGAGGGAAUUGGAGAUUGCUGUUUCCCAGUUGGAAAUCAGAUGAAACCGGAAGCUUGUUUUAACAUUAACGUACCACAACCAGACCCACACUUCCCGCCAGGUCAAACGUGCAUGAACUUUGUCCGUCAUACUGGUGCACCACCCUUGGGAUGUCAAAACGGCGUUCGUCAGCAGAUCAACGAGAGGACAUCUUUUGUAGACGGCUCCAUGAUUUAUGGUUCGGACGUUACCCGAGAAAUUGCACUGAGAUCAGAAUUGUGGGGACGACUCGCUGAGACCUCGAGCGAAAAUCUCUUGCCAUCACACCCUCACGGAUGUCCAGCAGAAGUCAUAACAGUGCGCAAGUGCUUCGUAGCAGGAGAUCAUAGACCUAGCGAAACUCCAACAUUAACAGUUCUACACACCACGUGGUUACGACGUCAUAAUCGGAUUGCUGACGCACUAAGGUUCCAUACAGGCAUCACAAAUGAUGAUAUUCUUUUCCAAAACGCCAAGAGAAUAUUGAUUGCAGAGCUUCAACAUGUUACGUACAACGAAUUUUUGCCCGCUGUUCUUGACAAUUUUCAUAUGAACGUUUUCAAUCUAAGGUCGAAUCCGGUAGGACAUGCUGAAGUUUACAACCAAUACCUUGACCCGAGGACAAUCAAUGCGUUUGGCGUGGCAGCAUAUCGUAUGGGUCAUAGCUUGGUUCGAAACUCUGUAGGGCGCGAUAGAGGAUUCGGAUUUAUCCAAAAAUUCCCUAUCAGUGAACACUUUGAGCGUCCAGAUCUGAUGUAUGAUGGCGGAUAUGAAUCCAUGGCUCGGUGGAUGUCGAGAGAUCCCAAAUCUGAAUCAGACAGAUUCUUAGUAGAUGGACUCAGGAACAGACUGUUUGAAUCCCCGCCAGUACCAGGAAUGCACUCAUCGGAAACAUUUUCUUUCGAUUUAGGAGCAUUGAACAUUCAGAGAGGCCGAGACCAUGGUAUCCCCUCCUACAAUGCUUACAGAGAACUGUGUGGAAUGCGAAGAGCAUAUUUCUUUGCUGCUUUCCCGGGCGGACUUAUUAAUCACUGUCCGGAAGCAGUAAAUGCGCUUCAACAUACAUACAGACACCCAGACGACAUUGAUCUCUUUGCUGGUGGUAUGUCUGAGACUCCACUUCCGGGGAGCAUUCUAGGACCAACCUUCCAGUGUAUCAUUGCUUACCAGUUCAGUCUCUAUAAACACGGCGACCGUUUCUGGUACGAACGAACCUUCCCAGAAAAUCAAGUGGCGGCAUUCACCCCAGCCCAGCUUGCCCAAAUCAAGCAAAUCACAUACUCAAAGAUUCUGUGUUCUGUCGUGAAGGAUAUUGGCCCUGGAAUUACCCAUUCUUUCCAACCUAGUUUGAUGCUAAGACCAAAUAUCGCAGGGAAUUCACCAGUAUCGUGCAAUUUGCUACUGCAAGGAAAUCCACUCGGAUUUGACAUAACUCCAUUCGCAAAAAUGAUAGGAUUAGAGGGACGCCGAUCUCGACCGUUAUUUCCAUGGCUUUCUAAUUAUCCCAUGCCAUUAAAUCCAGGCAUGCUGGGUAUUACACCAUUUUCACAGUCCCUUUUACAGAUUGGCGGACGUCGACAACCAAUGUCAAGAUUUCCUUACUAACCUAGUCCAUUAAACCCAGGGAUGAAAGGAAUUCUACAUUUGAAAGGUCCGUUGUCAGACGAGGAUGUAUCAAGUGAAUCGCAAAAGUUUCCUGUCAAUAAAUCUAACGCAAGAUUAAUAUAUUAACAAAUAUCAUAAACAAGUUUUAGCUACUGAUAUUAAUAUGUUUAUUUGAUACUAAGACACUUACUUAAAAAAUUUCCUUGAGAUAUCCGAUAUAAAAAAGAGAUUGAUAUUAUAUAGAUAAAUUAACUGUAAAAUAAUUAUGAAUGUUUUACCAAUAGUUCAUAUAAUCAAUUUAACUUCAUACAAAUGUCAGAGAGAGAGAGAGAGAGAGAGAGAGAGAGAGAGAGAGAGAGAGAGACUAUUGAAUAAAAUGCCAGUGAUUCCUUUAAAAGGUGUUAAAAAUACAAAAUAUCAUAUUUUAUUUAACAGUUGAUAUAUGUUACCAAUUAAAACAUUUUUCGAAAAGGUUUCGUUGAAUAAUAUAAUUGAAUGCCCUUUCGUGUGCAUGCUCUUUCAUAAUUUGACGUAAACUUGUAAGGACUAAUUCUAUAUCGGAUACCUUAAGCAUAAAAUUUUGAAUAUCUGUGCCUUGGACAUGUAGUAUAUAAAACAAAACUUUUAAUCCACAAUAAAAAAAAAAUCACCAUA